AUGGUCCGUCUAACAGUGCAUCUGAUCGCAAAAUCAAGCAAUUACUCAAAAACCUGCAGAAGUGAAUCUCUCCAGCAGUAUCUGAAGAAACUGACCCAUCUCAACUUCUCAAACAAAAGUAUAGAGGAAAUUGAUGAUCUAUCAAGGUGCAGAAACCUCACAGUCCUGUACCUAUAUGACAACCAAAUAUCACAAAUCUGCAACUUGGGGUUUGCCUCAAACCUUACUCACUUAUACAUGCAAAAUAACAAUAUAUCUUGCAUAGAGAACCUCUCUUCUCUGCAUAAACUCUCCAAACUGUUCUUGGGAGGAAACAGCAUCACUGUGGUGGAGGGAUUAGAUGAGCUGAAAAGCCUAAAGGAGCUGCAUGUGGAAGGUCAGAAACUACCCCGUGGAGAAAAACUGGUCUUUGACCUCCGUUCCAUAUCUAGCCUCUCUGAAACUCUGUGCAUUUUAAAUAUCAGCAAAAAUAACAUUGAUGAACUAUGGGACUUGGCCCCUCUCAGAAAACUGACCCAUCUUUAUGCUACCGAUAACCAGCUACAGGACAUACAGGAGUUAGAGACAGUGUUCAGCCAAUGGUCUCAGCUGCGGCUACUGGAUCUGAAUAGAAAUCCUGUGUGUCACAAACCUAAAUACAGAGACAGACUAAUAACUGCCUGCACAAUUCUAGAAGAUCUUGAUGGAAAACAAAUAAAUGAGCUGUCUAGGCAGUUUCUAAUCAACUGGAAAGCUUCAAAAGACGCAAAGAAGAAACUAGAUGAUGGAAAAGACGUCAAAGAACGAAUCGCAAAUCCACUUACAACUGAUUUUCGCGUGGGCCCCCAACAUCCCUUUGCCCAUGAACGCAGCAGCUCUCUGAGUAAGCCGUCAGAAUAUGGGAAGCCCGGCGUUACAUUUCGAGUACAUGGAGACAGCAGAGGAAAAAGGUCAAGAGGGAUAAACAUUCCAGUGAGGACUGGUAGACUCUGA